AUGGUGAAUGCGCAGAGGAAGGAUUGGUCUGAGAAGUUAGACGAUGCAUUGUGGGCGUAUAGGACUGUUUAUAAGACACCCAUAGGGUCUUCUCCCUAUCACAUAGUAUUUGGUAAAUCAUGUCAUCUUCCGGUGGAAUUAGAACACCAAGCUUUUUGGGCAAUUAAGAGAUUGAAUUUGGACCCUGAGCUGGCCAGUAGAAAGAGAAUGAAUCAAUUGCACAAACUUGAGGAAUUUAGGCUCCACACAUAUGAGAAUGCCAAGCUUUACAAAGAAAAGAUUAAAAGGUGGCAUGACAAGCACAUAGUUACUCUGGUAAGAAUGACACAACAUGGGGCUGUUGAACUUAGAGGUGAGACUGAUCUUACACUCUUAGUAAAUGGGCAAAGGGUAAAACACUACUUUGGUGUAGAUUCAGAUCGUGAUCUGGAGGCUCUUGAGCUAAAUGAUGAAUGA